CCUACACACCACACAAACAAGUCAAGAAGCGUUUAUUGUCACUUUAACCACAUAUCACUGACGCAGUAGUGAAAAGAAACAUCGUUCUUCCAGGACUCUGGAGCUACAGAAAACAACACAGAGCUACAUGUAAGAAACCUGGACCCAUGCUGGCCGAGCGAGAUCCUGAGGGAGAAAUGGCUGAACCCAGCAGUACCGGACAACGCCAACAGCCGACCGAGUUUUUCUCGGUUUAGCGCAUGGCCAGAGGUGGAGUGUGUCUAAUGGUGAACAACCACUGGUGUGACAGCACGAGCAUUGUUCCUCUUUCACGCUCAUGCACACCAAAUCUGGAACUACUGACCAUCAAAUGUCGGCCCUUCUGUCUACCUCGGGAAUUCAGCUCGGUCAUAGUCAGUGCCGUUUAUAUUCCUGCGCUCAUUGUGGUGGGAUUCUUUAACAGUGCCAACCUCAACCUGUACUACCAAACUUUCAGCAGCACAUCACCUGGCCCACUAGGGGUGAAAGGACACUGGACCACUGCUACAUACCAUUUAAGAAUAGCUAUAAGGCACAAUCAUUUCCACCGUUUGGGAAAUCGGACCAUGCCGCCAUCUUCCUUAUGCCUGUUUACAAACAAAGGCGCAGACUGGGACAUGUUCAGGCGCAGCUCUGAUGACGUCAACAUGUUUACAGAAGCAGUUGUUGGAUUCAUCGAGAAACUACUAGAUGAUACGUUACAGAAAACCACCAUCAGAACAUUUCCCAAUCAGAAGCCGUGGGUGGAUAAAACCAUCUGCGAUGCUCUGAGAUCCCGCUCUGCUGCCUACAACACGGGGCUCACCACCGGGGACAUGGACGAGUACAAGGCUGUGUCUUACAGUGUGCGCAGAGCGGUGAAAGAAAGCAAAGCGGUGCUACGGGAGGUAACUAGAGUCACAGUUCCUACAUGGUGGCUCUAGGAGCCAGUUGCAGGGACUAAGGAACAUUACGGACUAUAGAACAACAGCUUUAAAAAUUGGGAAUGCGGACGCUUCCCUGGCAGACGAGCUAAACACCUUUUACGCUUGCUUCGAGGCUGCAGCAAACCAUGCUUGCAGGGCUAGCGGCACAAACAGCAUGAACGCUAAGAGAGCUGGAGAGGUAAACACGUUCACCAUCUUGGAGCAUGACAAGAGGAGGGCAUUCAGGAGAGUGAAUACUGCAGGACCAGUCGGCAUCACAGGCCAGGUUCUGAAAGCCUGCGGUGACCAGCUAGCACCAGUGUUAACUGAGAUAAUCAACUCUCACUGGAACAGUCUGUCGUCCCCUCAUGCUUCAAACAGUCCACCAUUGUUCCUGUCCCGAAGAAACCCCAGCCCGCCUGCAUCAACAAUUACCGCUCUGUAGCCCUGACCUCAGUAGUGAUGAAGUGCUUCAAAGUAUUGGUCAGAGACUUCAUCACUGCAUCACUACAAGACACACUGUAUCCACUACAGAUCACGUACCAUCAGAACCGCGCUACUGAGGACGCCAUUGCUCAUCUUCUCCACACCACAAUGAGCUACCUGGACCACAGAAAUGGGAACUAUGCAAAAAUGCUUUUUGUGGACUACAGUUCAGCAUUCAACACCAUAAUUCCCUCCACACUCAUCUCUAAGUUGGAGGUCCUAAGACUCAGCCUGCCGCUGUGUCAAUGGAUCUCCAACUUCCUGACAGACAGACCACAAGUUGUAUGGGUGGGCAAACACACCUCUUCCACCCUCACCCUCAGCACUGGAGAUCCCCUGUGUUCUGAGCCCCCCUGCUGUACUCUCUGUACACAUACAUACACAUGGACACUUUAGGGACAAUCAUAAAAACCCAUUUAUGUGUAUACAGUACACUAUUUUUCACAUAUAUUUUUCAUAUUUUAUAUAGUUUUUUAAAUAGUUUACACUUUAUUUAUCUAUUUCAUUUUGGUUUAUUCUUUAUCCCAAAUUGCAUUUCUUUUUCCUUUUAUGCUUGAAUACUGGACAGUUGUAAAAAGCAUUUCACUGCAUGUCAUACUUUGUAAGUAUUUGUAUGUGACAAAUAAAAUUUGAUUUGAUUUCUUUGAUCAGCAUCAAUUUUUGUCAUCAGUACCACAUGAGGGAUGCCUGGGGUUCACAGAUGAGUUAAAGACAGCUGUCAGGGUGCACAGAGGAUACAGAGACACUAGUCAGAGAAGAGGUGAGAUUAAUCCUGACAAAAAAAUUCUGUCACCAAAUUCAGCUCACACUUCACUGAUGACUUGGGAAAUUCGAAUCUGUGAAUCAACUUUACUUAAGUUACUUAACGUUGGUUUUGCUUUGUUUCACAGAACUAAUAUAUGCCAUCAUUUGCAUGAUUGUGCUUGUGUGUCAUUACAUACAAUAAAAAAUGUGUUAAUCAAAGUCAAAUAUGACAUCACUGUGAUGUACUUAUCCUGACGUACUUGUCCCUUAGUGACACAUUUUCGUAUUGCAUAGGAAACCCUUCCGCUCUCCCACUAAAGGAUGUGUCCUAGCACUGGUUAGUGUUGAAAACACUAGAUCAACUAUCAAAGUUGGUCUUACAUUGAACGCAGGUGUCCUUCGAAGUCCCCUAGGUCUUCUAACAAAGGAUCCUCUUUAAGUUAUCCUACUUAAUCUAUUUUUUGAAUCUUUAAAUGAUGAGAGUCAGACUUAGACCUUUUUGUCUUUUCAGGAUCCUCACAAUGGGAAGCCUUGUU